GAUAUCGGCUGGAGGAAGUGACUAACAGAUAUGGAGAUAUACCACAAACCACAGCCACACUUCUGUGACACUGACUAGUUGCCUACCUGCGUGCGCGGUUCCCACUUUGCGCUUCAAGAGAGUCACGCCUCCUCUUCAAAACAAGGAUCAACACACACAGAAGAAAAUGUUGCGGCUUAUACUCGUAAAUAAGGCAGGUAUUGGCUUUCUGUGUCUCCUGUCAUCGGUUUCUUCCGGACAAGAUUACGGUUUCCAUCAGCCCUCAGAUUUCGGCUCUUCGAAACUGCGGUUUCCCAGCAGCCAAUCAUAUUAUGGAGCGGAUUUCAGCGGGUUCUUUGGCGGUCAUGGCGGCAGAAGACCUGCACACCAGUUUCCGUCCUUCUCCGGAAGCGGCUACUUUGGAGGUCCCGGGUUCGGUAUCUGUGAUUCACCUAUCGCACCCUGUACCCAAGGGAAAUACAGGACAUAUGACGGUUCCUGCAACAAUCUCGGCAACCCUCGUCUUGGCGUCGCCAACAGUCCUUAUGGACGUCUGCUGCCGCCGAAAUAUUCUGACGGUCUACAGGCACCGCCCGUGUCUGUAACGGGCCAUAACCUCACGAGUGCUCGGCAGAUCAGCGCAAUUUUAUUCCCCGAUGCUAAAGCUCCAGACCCCAAAUGGACGUUGGCCCUGAUGCAGUACGGACAGAUCAUCACUCACGACAUGUCUCUCGCAGCCGGCACCACUCAGGGAAAGGCUCACACCACCAUGUGUUGUACACCGGACCUGCGAGCAGCACUGCCUGAAGACACGCGGAACCCCGCCUGUUUUCCGAUAGAUAUCCCCGACCACGACCCUGUCUUCUCCGAAGCAGGAAUAAGGUGUAUGGAAUUCGUCAGAACGACAAAUGAUAUAAGCCAGGGCUGCAAUUCGGGAAACAAAGCUGCAGAACAGAUCAGCGCUGUGACACACUACUUGGAUUCUUCCAAUGUAUACGGCUCCAGUCAGCAGGGAGCUGACGCCCGCAGAGAGUUCCAGGGCGGGCGUCUCAGUGUGGAACUGAAACAUGGCCGCCAGUUCCCUCCUCCCAAUAACAACAAGUCAGCAGUCUGCGAUCAUCUAUCGGAGGAAGAGGCAUGCUACUUGACAGGUGACAUACGAGCGAAUCAGAACCCACAGCUUACGGUGUUCCAGAUUCUGCAGCUGAGGGAACACAAUCGCCUGGCUGGUGAACUUGCCCGCAUUAACCCUCAUUGGGACGACGAACGACUGUACCAAGAAGCCAGAAAAAUUGCCAUUGCCGAGCACCAGGCCGUCACAUACUAUGAGUGGCUACCGAUCAUCCUAGGUCGGGAGAACACGGACCGCAACGGGCUCACAUACAACACUCAGGACUUCACGUACGAUUACAAGGAGAAUGUUGACCCUUCAGUACUGAACGACCACGCCACUGCGGCUUUCCGCUUCUUCCACACAAAUAUCGCUGGGUUUCUCAGGCUCUUUGACGAGCAUCGCUCCAGUUACGAGGCCUUGCGGCUUAGCGACCACUUCAACCGUCCACAGAUUAUUGAAGAGGGUAAUAACUUCGAUGACCUAGCUCGAGGAAUGCACACUCAACCUCAGGAGUCCAGUGACAAGUUCUUCACGACUGAGAUCACAUGGUUCCUCUUCAGGAAUGGGAGGUCUCUAGGCCAGGAUCUGAGGGCUAUCGACAUACAACGAGCGCGUGACCACGGCCUGGCAUCAUACAAUCACUACAGGGAGUACUGCGGCCUGCCCAAAGCACACUCUUUCGAAGACUUUGCGGAUCUCAUUGACCCAGAAAGUGUACAAAAGCUGUCAUAUCUCUAUCAUCAUCCAGACGACGUGGAGUUUACUGUGGGGGGCUCGUUGGAGGCCAUAGUGCCCGGCACCCUAGUGGGCCCUACGUUCCUCUGUAUCAUCACUGAGCAGUUCUACAGAACCCGAGUGGGAGACAGGUUCUUCUUUGAAAACGGAGUGAAGGACACGUCCUUUACACUAGAACAAGUGAAUGAGAUCAGGCGAGGCAGCAUAUCGCGACUCAUCUGCGACAACGCGGACGAUGUUAAGAGCAUGCAGCCCCGAGGAUUCGAGCAGAUAUCCCAAGACAACCCCGUGGUGCCGUGCUCUCUGAUCCCUGCCCCGAGCCUUGAACCUUGGAGAGAGAUCAGGCAAGGUGAACACACUGCGUCCCAGCCUCAAGCGGUGGAUCAUGAAUUCACUUUUCCGUUUUUCUUCAAGAAAUAGCGGACCUUCUCAGCCGAAACUGACAGCAAAGAGAAGCUUCAAUCGAAACUACUUUAUGUUUGGAUUCGUUCUGUCCCAGCAGAUUGUCUAUUGCUUUCUAUGCUGUGCUCGUGUACUGCCGUCUAGUGAAAAGGAUAGCAGAAGAGAGAAGGAUAUUUUAUUUAUUUUAUAAAGCCCUCAAAAUAUGGAACAUCAAAAUCUAUUACGAAAUGAAAGCUGGGUUUUCAACUCCGAUAUUGGGAGAGGAGAAUUUUCGCAUCACUUCCCUGUAAGAAUAAAACUGCAUUCUAUUCCCUCUCCACUCGGACAUAUCGUACGUAUUAAAAAUUCAGUGCGCACAAAAACUUCUUUUGAUUCGCUGAGCGCAUAAGGCUUCGGAGGGAUUUAAUUUGGAGUGCGAAGCCUUAAUCUUAUGUUAAACAUCGUACGUAAUUGUGAUUCUCCACAAUAAAGCCAUUUUAACUCAGAAUACUCUCUUAGCUAAGUAGAUUUUUUUUUUUGCGGUUGAAACAAAUUAAGUGCACCGUACAAAAUGUUACUGUAAGAGGUUUUACAAAACCCAUCCCAAUUCAUAUGGGUACUUUUGAAUCUUCCUCGAUUUUCGACAGAAGUUUCCUGUAAAA